UAUAUUCUGAACGAAAUAAAAACUAUUUUGAUUAUAAUCAUAACCUAUAAAUUCUUAAAUACAGGUAUACGAAAAUUAUGCGUCUUAAUGUCAAAACUUUGUCGUUUCUUAAAGGAAGAGUAACGACCUUGGAACUCUUGAGGGAUAAGAUAGAGCGUCUGGGACCAGGAAAUAUCAAAGGAGAAAAUCAAAGUAAGUGGAGAGAAGAAACAGUCGGGGGGGCUUCCUCGUGGGUCGAUCGUUCGUUGAAAAAGCAAUAAGAAGAAAAUAGAAUAAGAAAGAGAGAGAGAAAGAAAAAAGGAUAAGAAGAAAAGAAAGAAGGAGUGGGAGGAAAAGAAAAGAAUAGAAAAAGAAAAAAGGCGCCGUCCUCCUAGUGGUCGUCCGGCGAACGUCUUCGUGCAUUUUAAGACGCGGCCGGUGGCCGGUCAAUAGUUUCCCGGUCUCUCUCUCUUUCUCUCCCUCUAUCUUUCUCACUUCUCCCUGUGUCUGUAACUCUCUCUGUCUCCCUUUAUCUCUCUUACUCUCUUCGGUCGUACACCUGUCCGUCGUGAAGUUGCAGACGGAGAGGUAGGAAGGGGUUAUGGUCAAUAAACGCAACCACGUCACACGCAGCCUAUCGGCGACCCCGCUUGGCCCCUUAAAGUGGCCCCGAACGAAAAUCUUACAUGUAGACCGAUAUUUCCUUUUGUGCGUUUGUCUACAGAAUAUCUUGAGAAAAGUAAAAUCGAUUUUCAUUUGGCCGAUAUAGACAGAUUCCGUGUGUCUGAAGGAUUGUACGAUUGUGAAACGAGACACGUGCGCGUGCCGGUAUUAACAAACGGUGGGUUCUUCCUACGUUUACGUGGAUUCACCGAAUUGCGUCCGCCAUUGUUGUGAUUGUGAACAUUCCAGAGAAGACGGCGUUUCUUAACUCGGAUGCGCAUGCGCAUUUUAUACUUGACUCGACGACGCUCUUCUUUCGAAUUUUCGGAGACGCGACACACACAUAUACGCACGCACGCACGCCACCACACUACUACUACACUACUAUUCUACUCGACUACGGUCACGAAUACGGCAUAUAAACGCGUGUCGCGGCGUGCGCGCGCCCGCCCGAGCAUUUCGAAAAUCUCAUUUACCGAUGCUUUUUUACGCACGUGCUUGCAACCCUAAUUUUACACCUGUCGCUUGCGCUCGCGCGCGCCCGCGCAUUUCGUUUGACGCAUUUUUAUAAUUAUACAUUUAAAAACGCCGGGCUACUAUUUUAUUUCUUUCUUAUUAUUUUUUUUUCUUCCUCUUUCUCUCUUGUUUUUUUUUUUUCUUUUUUCUUUUACGUUUCUACAGACAAGAAGGAAUCCUACUAACGCUCUUACCCUUUUCUUAAAGGAUCGCUGGCGUUCUUAAUGUGCGCGUCAUCUUAUUUGAUAAGAUUUUUAUAUCGAGGAUAUUAUUUUUUAAACGCAGUUAUCGAUUCUAUUGUUUAUGAUAGUUGAAUUUUAAACGAUAUUACGAAUAUAAAAGUAAUUUAAUGAUAAAUAUCAUAUUCAGAGAUACUGCAGUUCUAUCUUAUUAUUGGACAUAAAGGUGUCUACAGCAGUCUGGGAUAUAGCAACAAAUAAAAAGGAAGUUACACAGUGUAAUUGACUGGACGUAUAUGUCUAAUAUAUAUUUUCUUAAAAAUUGUUUUUCUAAAUUUUGUAAAGAUGACAAAUUAUAUUAAUAACGAUGUUUGUUAUUUGCAUAAUUGCGUGUUAUGCCCAAAGCCAAGAAAAAAUCUUACCUUAGAAAGGUAAGGGAAAUGCGAGAGUAUAGACGACAAAAACUAAUGUCUGAAACAGCAGAGGAACGUGCUUUGAGAUUAUAUACAUCGGCUGAAAGAAUGAAGAACGCCAGAGCUAAAGAAACCGAAGAACAAGCUGCGUUGAGGAGAAUGCAAGAAGCUCAGAGAAUGGCCAGGCAUCGUGCUAAGAAGAAGCGUUGUCUUGAUGAAAAUCUAGCUAGAGAAAUAUCUAAGAUCGCUGAACUCUCUAAAAUGCCAGAUGCAGCGACUAUUGCUCAAAUGUCUGAAAUGAAUAUGAACAAAAUAUCUGCCGAAUUGAAACAAAUGAUGGAGAGAGGUAAAGUUCCCGAACAUAUAGUACAGAUGGCUCAACUUGCUGAAUUUAGUAAAAUGACUGAAUUAAACAAAAUGUCUCAAGAUAUGGCCAAGAGAUACGAGAUGGAGAAGAUGGCGGAAUACGCCAAAGCAACGGAGUAUGUAAAAAUGCAAGAAAUAGCCAAAAUGAACGAAAUGGUUAAAUUGUCUGAAAUGGCUAAGUACAAUGACAUUACAAAGAUAAAUGAAAUAGCCAAGAUGAAUGAAAUGAUUAAAAUGUCUCAAAUGGUAAAAAUAAAUGAGGCACAAAGAAUGAACGAAAUAGCCAAGUUAAAUGAAAUGGUUAAAAUGUCAGAGAUGGCUAAAUACAAUAAUGACUUAACGAAACUCAAUGAGAUCGCACAAAUUAAUGAAAUGGCUAAGGAAAUAGCUAAGAUGAACGAAAAAACUAAAAUGAAUGAAAUGAUAAAAAUGGCUAACAUACAAAAUGAUAUAGCCAAAAUACCGGAGUACUCGAAGAUAGCUGAAAUGGCCAAAUUAACAGAGUUAGCUAAGCUCAAUGAAAUAACAAUAACAAAAUUAAAUGAUCCACCACCUCCGCCUCCUCCACCAAAAGUUGCUGAAAUUCCAAGAAUUCCUGAACCUGUGAUUACUGUGCCAAACCCAAGGAAUUUGCAAAAUGUUCAAACUGUUCAAGUAGCACAGGCUAGCCCAUCUAGUACGAUAAACUUUCCGUCUGUGCCUGGCCAGGGUAAAUAUGCCCAAUUACUGGUUAUUAUCGAAGAACUUGGUAGAGACAUUCGCCUCUCGUAUGCAGGAAGUCGUAGUGCCGCGGAACGCCUGAAAAUGGGUAUACAGCAUGCAAGGAUUCUAGUACGUGAAUGUUUGUUAGAAACUGAACAUAAUGCGCGACAAUGAUCUGUCAAUGAACUUAGCCGCUAGAUUUUUAGCAGAUUAUUUUUUAAGGUGAUAUGUAUGAUCCAUUUAAAGCAGCAGAUUAUUGAUUUUGUUCAAAUGAACUGAAAGAGGUUUACAAGUCACAAAUAAUAUAUCUGCUGCUAUGUAUAUUAUGCCAUCUUGCCGAUAUAAGCUUAGUACCACUUUGACAAUGAAUCAAAAUGCAUUGUAAUGGACUGCUUGUUUCAAAAUAUUAUUCAAUCUGAUAAAUACUUGUAAUGUAUUUGAUAUAUUAGAUUGUCAAAGAGAAGAACUUUUAAGCCAGUGAUAUUUAAGGCUUAAUACAUAUUAU